GAAUCUGCCUCUCAAUAUUCAACAAUCAACAAUCUCAAUUCAACAGACUCCACUCAAGCAAAUAGAGUCUCCAGCAAAUAACAGUGAAAUGCAAUUCAUCUGAUGGCAAAUGGCUUGCUUCUGGUCUCAUCAAAACGAAACAAAAAUAGAAAUACCAUCCACUGAAGAAAUUAGUAAUGUUAUAUAUUAUAAAAUCAGAGUAUAUGUUGGAGUUUACACCUGGACAGUAAACCACAGAUAUAGUGAAUUCUUUGACCUCAAUAGUCAACUUGUCAUUGAUCAUGGAGUGUCCAAGGAUAUUUUACCCUCAAAGAGAGUGAUAGGUAACAAGUGCCCCAUAUUCAUUGAAAGUCGAAAAAUGGGUCUCCAAGAAUACUUACAGAAAACAUUGAUAUUUCUUAAGAGAACAAUGCCUAAAAUUUUCGUAGACUUCCUGCAUUUCAACUUGUAUGAUAUAUACUUUUUACUCCAAGAUUUGUCAUCAAAGCUUUUCUUAGAAGCUGAUUUUAUUCUGUCCUCCAACAAGCCUUAUCAGUUCAAAACUCUGGAAUUGCAUGCUAUAAGUCAAUUCCUCAAAAAACCUCUACUAGAUAGUACUGAAAUUAGGUUAGAUAUUGGUCCAGUUUUAGACUUCUGCUCACAACUGAAGUCUAUAAGUGUCAUUGGGGGUUCCAGUGCAUAUUUAGAUAGCAACAUCAUUUUCAGUAUGCUACCUUUUGAACUCUCAUCAUUCAAGGAACUCAAGAGCUUAUCAAUGAAACAAGUAAAUUUUGAAGUAAUUUUUUCACUAGGAAAUCUGAGGAAUACUAUUGAGAAUUUGCAAGUGAACAAUACAUCUAUUUCAAGCAUUUCUCAGGUUUUACAGUGUGAUGUCAUACACAAACAUAAUCUGGAAGGUAGUGAGAAAUGGACUGUGCUUGAAUAUCUUGACUUGGGCAACAAUAAUUUAACAGAUAUUGACAUGACUAUCAGAUUAGCACCAAAACUGAAGAACAUAUCUCUGGUUGAUAAUAAAAUAUCAACAAUUACUAAUCUUUCCCAUUUGCCCCAUUUAUCUCAUUUGAGUCUUGCUAAUAAUUUGAUGACAAUUUGUAAUGAUUUACACACAAAAAUAGGGAACAUACUGAGUGUAAACUUGUCCCAGAAUAGUUUGACUUCCUGUAUAGGUUUCAGUAAGUUAUAUUCCUUGGAAACUCUUGAUUUGAGUUGCAAUAAAAUAACAGAGAUUGAAGAAAUAGCCCAUAUAGGUGAUUUGCCGUGUUUAGAGAAUUUAUUAUUGACAGGAAAUAGUGUAGCUACUACAGUUGAUUAUAGAGUGAAAGUGUUGGAAUAUUUUGGUGAUAAAGCAAAAAAUAUCUGUUUGGAUAAUGAGAAACCCUCACAAGCUGAAUUAGAUAAAGUUUCAGUCUUAAGAGCAUUGAGAAUUGUUAGAGAGGGCAAAACACCCGAUUUUGUGGCCUAAAAAUACUCCACCUAUUAUGGAUUAGAUUUUUAAUUAUUUUCAUAACCAAGAAAAGGAAAUAGCUUUAUUAAUAUGGCUUUAAAAGUAGUGUUUUAUAUUUCUACGAUUUUGAGAUUUCAUAAGUAUAUAAUACUUAUAUAAUAAUGAUAUUGUAUAUUGAAAUUUAUUUAUUAUGAAAUGUUGAAAAAUAUAUUACCUAUUUCAA